AACAAAUAAUUUGAGGUACCAACCACCCAACAGAUGUUAGGUACUAUGAAGUCAGUAUGUACUUGUUACAGAAGGCCCAACAUAAUGAAAAAACAACUUAAAAUAAUGCAAAGUACAUUUCUCUCAAACCAAACUAGUUCUUCAUCUGAAAACCCUAGCCUAGUAUCAGAACCAUCACAGGGAUCUCAGACUGAAGUUGUGUCAUUUUGUCGUUUUAUUCCUCUACAUGCAACAUUUUUAAAUCAACCUACAACUCCCAAUUAUCUUGAGAAUGUAUUCACAAAUGAAGAUCUCAAAGAAAAUAACGAUGUUCAACUUGUGAGUGACUUAAAAAUCAUUUUGGAAGUGUACAUCAAAAAAGGAAGAGAUGAACGGGCUGCAAAUAUAUUAAGGAAUAUUAUUUGCUCUGGUUUUGUUAUGAACACUGUUGCUGUCAACGAAAUGAGAGAUAUCUUCAUCAACUCUCUUCAUUCUGAAUUUCGGAAUAAUACUCUUAAUUACUUGGAUAUUUUGAUUUAUUUCAUCAGAAAUGAGGAGCAUACCGAUAUGGAUGUCAGUGAUAAAAAUACUCUUGUCUUUCAACUAUUUAAAGAUUCCCUAAACAGAGCACUCAGCAGAAAUUCUGAACUAUUACAUAGAGAUAGGCUUGAGGACAAGAUUGUUGAAACCUCUAAAAGAUUGACGCAAUAUGAGGAUUCUGCUGCCUUAUUAGACUUAUUUCAUUUCGAGGUUGCAAAAACUGUGAUAAAAAGAAGAGAUUUCCAUUUCCUCAAUUUUAUCAACUUUGAGUGUUUGACAAAAGACAAUGCAGCAAAAAUUGUAAUUAAACUUAUUAAACAGCAUUACUACUCUGAAGCUAUUCACCUCAUUAUAAUGAGUGAUGCACAAAUUGAAGAGCCUGUUGUCUUUGGUCUUUACAAGCGUGUUACUGAUCUCAAAAAAACAGGUUCAUACAAGGCCAUAUCAGUUGAAAAACUGGCUGACUUUCAAGAAUGGAUGUGUAAUAAUAAGUUUGAUGGUGUCAUUGAAAAAAUAGGAGCAGCAACUAAAGAUCGGAAGAAAAACAUAUCGAAUGACUGGAAUGAGCUUGACCACAUGGAUUAAUUAACUAUUUUAUUAUGUGAAAUCUUUUUAGGAUAUUUAAUCUACAAUAUAUUUUAUUGUUAUUUAUUAUUCAUGAGACGAUUUUGAACAGCUUAAUUUAUUUGAGAGAGUCGCAAAUCUUUAUUAUCUUUUCAUUAAUAAACUAUUAUUCUGACAGUUGAAAACUGCCUGCUUCGACCAGUGCAGAUUAUAUACCUCAUGAAGUGUUACAAUGCAUUUCUACAACAAGAAAUAAUAGAUGAACUAAUUAUUACUAAAAAUGUCAAUUUUUAGUAAUAAUUAGUUCAUCGUUCUAAAGUUUUCAUCCCUAUUAGAGAAUGACAGAGGCGGGUCCAAAACUGUCAACUCAAGAACUGGAAUCUCUGUCAGAAGAGGAAAGAAAUUCGCUGCUUGCUGUUCUUGCUAGAGCAAAGGAAUUCGAAAAGAUGGAGGAAGAAGAAACUCAUCGACCUAUCGAGGGACAACUACUGAAAUGGACAAAUGUGGUAAAGGGGUGGCAACAAAGAUGGUUUUUCCUCUCUCCUGAUGUUGGUCUCCUUCACUACUUUUUGUCGGAGGAUAAGAAAUUGAUGGGUCCAAGAGGUUCUCUACGACUAAUUGGCGCUGUGGUUCAACCCUCCGGAGAGGACCAGCUAAUGUUCUCGAUCGUUCCACAGCAAGGAGACCCGUACAAACUUAAAGUGGCUACACUAAAAGAUAAGCAAGUGUGGAUAGACCGUAUUCGAAGAGUUAUCGAGCGCCACACCACUGAUGUCAAUACACUGGUAAAAGCAGCCGCUGCUACAAUGCCAGGACAGCAACAAGCCACGGAAAAUGUUACUAUAACAAGAUCACAAAGCAAUUCCUUCCGCAAAUCUAAACGUUCUAGACCCGGAAGCACCGUUAGUACUGUCGGUAUGGCUGUUAACACCGCGGUAAAUAGCAAUCCUCCGGCUCAGAUGGUUGACAUGAACAAAGUCCUGCAUUGUUUGAAUACCGGUCACAGGAACCAACUUCUCAUGAACCAGUUUAUUGAGGAUUCCGAUAAGUUCGCUGAUACAGCAGUGUUGCGGUACAAAGCUGCAUCACAGGCACUGUUCAAGCAGUUGGACGAAUGUUACAGUAUCAUCAACCACCUAAAGGUUGGUGACGAGAGAGACAGAAUAUCUUCCUUUGCAAGCGUCACCAGCGGUGAAACCAGCAGUCACGAGCCUGUCAGAUCCGGCAGCACAGGACAGAAAACUACUGACUCUGAGGAAGCAACCUUUUCUGACACCUACAAUCACAUCUCCAACUCUAUCAACCAUGAAGAUGUGGAGGAUGACAAUACUGAUAGGAAAAUUCCACCUCAAGACGAUGGACUAGGGGAUAACAUGAACAUGCACGGCACUGGCCGAGCUCCUGAUUCUGUAGGGUCUGAGGAACCAACUAGUGAUACCUCUAAACCGUCCUUAACCAGGAGCGGGUCAGUGAUCUCCUGCAGUAAUGUUACUCUGAACUGGGAGAAGGCGGUCAUCACACCUGAGCAAGGCGCUGCAUACGAUGACGCGUAUGAGGAUGAAGAUGAGGGGGACACAGAUAUUGGGGAACACAAGUCUGUUAUCAUGUCGCUUCUUGGUCAACUGAAGCUUGGUAUGGAUCUAACUAAAGUUGUGCUCCCUACCUUCAUACUGGAGAGGAAGAGUUUAUUGGAAUUGUUUGCUAACUGUUUCUCUCACCCUGAUAUAUUCAUGAGCAUCUCUGAUGGUCAGUCACCUGAGGAGCGUAUCCUGAGAGCAACCAAGUGGUUACUAACUUCAUUCCACGCUGGCAGAAAGGGCUCCUUAGCUAAAAAACCUUACAACCCUAUCAUAGGGGAAGUGUUCCACUGCAAAUGGGAUGUAGACUCGCCCAGUACCGCUAGUGACAGACAUAUUGCUCCCGGUCAGAAGGGUAAAGUUACAUUCCUAGCUGAGCAGGUCUCCCAUCAUCCUCCUGUUUCUGCUUUUUAUGCGGAGUGUCCUGAUAAGAAGAUAUGCGCUAACUACGCAGUCUGGACCAAAUCUAAAUUUCUGGGCAUCAGUGUUGGUGUGGAUAUGGUGGGAGUGGGCACUAUUCAUGUCCAGGAACACGGAGAGAAAUACCACUUCACUCUCCCCAGCACAUAUGGCAGGUCGAUAUUAACGGUGCCCUGGUCGGAGAUGGGGGGGAAAGUGCAGGUCACGUGCCCACAGACUGACUACACGUCCACUCUCGUCUUUCACACUAAACCUAUGUAUGGGGGUAAAAUGCACAGAGUUACUGGAGAUAUCAAGGAUAACAUGACGGGGAAAUGUCUGUAUAAGAUGGAUGGUGAAUGGAACGGCAAAAUUAAAUUUACUGACGAAUCGGUGAAAAGUGUGGAAAUAAUCGACACGGAGGUACUGUCAGUUGUGCCCAAGAUUGUAAAACCGGUUUGCGAACAGAGAGAAAACGAAUCACGCCGAUUGUGGCGUGACGUCACGUUAUCGCUACGCAACAAUGAUAUCGACAAGGCUACAGCGGCUAAACAUGCCAACGAGGAGAGGCAGCGGAAUGAGGGCAAGGCUAGAGCAGCCGAGGGAGGUGAAUGGGUGCCUAGUUAUUUCAAAGCUGAAGAUGACACGUGGAUAUACAAGGAUUCGCUCGCUGAACCCCAAUAACCGUACAAUCGGAAACUUAAACCACCAUUGGGACACGAUAGUAUGAGGCCAAGCCGAGAUGUCGAGGCUCUAAAGCCGAGAAGAAGAAAAUCAAGUUCCGUGAUGUGAGCCUUACUCAAUUUAGUGGACACGAUUUAUCAAUUUGUAGAUCAUCUGAGAGAAACAUAUAUGACAGAAGAGAGUUUUUAUUAAAACUGGGAUGCCAGUUUUAAAGGAUCCCAAUUUUUAUUAAAGUUCGUGUCAGCACGGGCCUAGUUUGCUUUAAAUUUAUUAGACAUAAUUUGACCAAAACCCAUAAUCAUGGGUAGAGUGUACCGCUGCCAGUGUCUCUCUUUUCCAAACAAAAGGAAAUGAUAUUAAUUUGAGGAACAGUCCGCUAAUGCAAAUUGAUACCGAGAAUGAAAUCGGUCGCUCGCUUUUUCAAAUCAAUAAGCUUUAUUACAAUUCGUGAGCCGUGAUCGAAUGGAAAAAGCGAGCGACCGAUUUCAUUCUCGGUAUCAAUUUGCAUUAGCGGACUGUUCCUCAAAUUAAUAUCAUUUCCUUUUGUUUGGAAAAGAGAGACACUGGCAGCGGUACACUCUACCCAUGAUUAUGGGUUUUGGUCAAAUAUCAUCUCUUUUUGAUUAUAAUGUCAGGAUAAUUUACACAGCUAGUCGAAACUUCAUUAACAAGGAGGUAAUUUUGACGAUUUCGAAAUUCUGCCUUUGAAAACGUUUCCUUGUGUUUAGUUAGGUAUAUCUGUCGAUAACCGACUGAAUAUGGCACUUUUUACUCAUUCAAGUUGGCAUUAAAUUCAUAGAUAAUGCCAUUUAAAUAUCGUGGAAAGCAGAAUAUAUUCGAAAUCACGAAUGAGCAAAAUUCUCACCUUUCGCACGUGCAAACUUUGAGCGGACGUUGCGUGCGCAUACAAUAUUGAAUCACCGUAAAUUUUUGCAUAGUGGUAUUUAAUAUAUAGUUUGAUAAGCAUGCAAUGUUUCAGAAGAUUUCAAAAAGAACUUGGAUCACAACGGGACUCCAAAGUUGAUAAAAAUCGUGAAAAUCAAAAUUUUUAGUGAUUUUAGCUAUUUUAAAUCAAUUUGGGCGUGUCCCCACGUGUGCAACUUUUCGAUUUUUAACUUUAAAACUAGCCUAUAACACAAUUUACACCUUUAAGAAGCAAAAUUGAGCUC